CGGGCGGAUGAGUAUACCCACCUUUACCAAACGAGCGAGGCCACCCAUCUGUGGGUCAACAAGGUGGGGCCUUACCACAACCCGCAGGAGACGUACACGUUCUACUCGCUCCCUUUUUGCAGCAGCUUUCCAGUCGAGAAGCUGGAGCACCGGUACGACUGGCUCGGUGAGGUGCUGGAGGGGAACGACCUCAUCGCGAGCGGCUUCGAGCUGCGCUUUCGCGAGCCGGUGCCCGACCACACCAAGGUCUGCUCCAUGGAGCUGGACGAGGAGAGCGCGGCUCAGCUCAGCUUUGCGAUUCACAAUCACUACUGGUACCAAUGGUACCUCGACGACCUUCCCAUCUGGGGGAUGGUGGGCGAGCUCACCACCUCGGACAGCGACGAGGACGAGUCGCAGGCCGAGGCGCUCCUCUUCACGCACAAGCGCUCUCGCUCUGCCGCCCGCCGGAUUGCGGUUCACCGCCCGCCGCCGACCCACGGGCUCAUUGAGUUCAACCUGACGUCGGAGAACCCGGUCGCGCUGCACGCGGGCGCAAAGGUCGACCUGUCGUACUCUGUCGAGUGGACGGAGACGGAGACGCCCUUCUCGAAGCGCUUCGACCGCUACCUCGACUACGACUUCUUCGAGCACCAGAUCCACUGGUUCUCCAUCUUCAACUCC